AUGGGCAGUAGUGUUCCACGAGGAAGAGCGCUCACAGCCACCGACCACGUCAGGUGUUGAGCCGAGUCCAGAGACUGAGCAAAUGAUGAGCAAUCCAGAAGAUCAAACUUCGAUGAUCAUAAUGAACAAUUACUUUGGUAUUGGUAUCGAUGCAGACGUAUGUCUGCAAUUCCAUAAUAAGCGUGACGCCAAUCCGGAGAAGUUCAGCUCGAGACUCUUCAAUAAAACGCAAUACGUGAAAAUUGGUCUGCAAAAGGCGUUCUUUGAAAGAACCUGUAAAGAUCUUUGGAAACGUAUUGAGCUC